AUGGCGUUCAUCUUGUCCGGCAAAACCCUACGCAGGCUUCAGAAAGAAUUAACUCUUCCUUCAUCUGAAAUCCUUCCUCCAAAUCCGGCGAAGUUCAACCUUCCAGACCCUUCGCCAAACGGAAUUUUCUGUUUUUCCGGUGAAAAUGUUAGCGAUUGGUUAGACAUAAUGGAGUGGUUCUUCUAUUACAACUCCACACCACCGGAAUUGAAGUUGUUUACCGCUUCUUUCUAUUUAUCCGGCGAACCUCUAUGUUUUCUCUAUGGCUCGAUCUCUGCUUCUCUAUUGUCUACUUGGGACGAGUUUGCUGAAAAAUUAGAACUCCGAUUUGGCAAGUUCAUCCGGCAACCUCUAGUGGUCAAUGUUUGGGAGGCGUCUGAUGAGGAUGGUUCAGCCACAGAGUUUGAAGAUUUCUCAGUCGAGAAAGAGGAACAGCUACCAGUGGAGGAAAUCUCUGGACACAAGGUGGACACUGAAUCGUUGGAACCGUAUGCAACAACACACAUCAUGGAAGUGUCGCAUCUCGAAUUGACAGGUUAUCUUCCCGAUUCUCAGAAUAGAUUGGAAGUGGAAUUUGAAACUGAUGAUGGGGGAAAUGAAUGCACUGUUGAGGGUGUUAGUGUUGAACAUUUUGUGUAUUCUGAUGGUUUAAUUCUGAGUGAUGAUGUUGGUAUGAUGCCUUUGGGUGAUACUUUGUUGGCUAAAUUUGAUUUUAAUCAGGAUGGCAAAAUGACUCCAAGUGAUUUUGUUCUUGAGGUUAAUGACACUGUGCUGGAAUAUGGGGUCGAAUUGAAUGGUGUCGAUAGUACUGGAAAUCAUCGGAAUCUUGUUGUUAUUGAACCAGGAGGAAUUACAGCUGAAACGGAGAUUGUAACGUCUAAUGUGGCUUGCUCAGAACCAGCUAAUGAUUCUAAAGUUUUUAAAAAGAUUACUCCAAAACCUGUUCGUAUGAUGCCUUUAACUGAUACUGCUUUGGUUAAGUUAGAUUCCUAUACUGUUGAUGUUAUUAUAGAGGAUGAAAUUGUGUAUUCUGAGGAGUUCAAUGUAUUGGAGGAAGUGGUGUCAGUCAAGUGGAAUGUCAAACCUGGAUUUUAUGGGUUCUAUGCACGUGAAAUGGGGACGAAUCAUAAAGAACGUACAAUGGAAAUGGAUCAUUCUGGGACUGAGUUUAUAACUUGUGUGAUGAAUAGAAAUUAUCUAAGUCUUCUUGCUAUUGAUUUUGGUCGGAAAAUUGCAUGGCUGGUCAUUGAAGUUGUAUUCUAUCUACCUGAUUUGGCUGAGUCUGUUUUGAAUGAUGAAUUUGCUUCUGAUUUUAAGAAGAGAAUGAAAGCCUCUUGUGUGGGUGAUUGCUGCUUAGUGGAAACUAAUGUGCUGUUAAAAAUUGGGGCUGAAAACGAGCUCUCGGUUCUGAAAAUGUUUCAGUCAAAGGUUAAGGUUGAUCCUGAAUUGCUAUAUUCUGUUACUAAAAGAAAUCCUCCAAGUACUUGUGUUAUUGAACUCCUGGGAUCAGGUAAGCCUUACAAAUUGGCUAAAAGUAGUUCUCUGUCUAUGCCUUUGGUUGAUAAGGCUAUAGCUGAUGAGAAUUUUGUGUUAAACUAUGAUAUAAAUGAUAAUUGUGCUGGUUUGAGUCGUCACAAUAAUAGAGAAUUUUUCUCUAGCUCUUUUCUUAUUGACCCUGGUGGAAUAGAAAAUCACUUUAGCACAUUGAGCUCAAUUGGUUCUGAAAUAGAGCAGUAUGGUGACCUUAGUUUAAGUGUUCUGGUCCUUGGCAACUUGGUUAAGCAUAAAGAUCCUUGUUCAGGGGUGGUUGGUAACCAAGUUCUUAUUCUUGCUUCUUUUCAUCACACUACCAAAACUAAAGUGACUGAACCAGAGUCAAGGCCAAAUCCUGGUGGUUCUUAUUGGCUUAAAAAUGGUGGGAAUUGGACAAAAGCAGCUCGAACUAAACAUCUUGGAGCUGAAACAGCAGGAUCAAGUUCCAAUGAAGCAAGGAACAAUGAAGACUUGCAUCCUAGCUGGGUGGAAAAUGUGACACUUUUCAGAGGAGGUACAAGCGUUGGUGAAGGUUGCUUGGCACGCCUUGGUAGUUGCUGCUAA